CUGGAGAUGCCAUGGGAAUAUCAACCACUGGAAGUGGUGAAAGAACUUAUGUCUCUUUCAGUUGACACGAACAUCACAGACCAAAGAGGUCACACAGCUCUGUGGUACAUCUCUCAGAUUAAGAGCUCUAUAAAAGAAGAGCUUCUGAGAAUAAUGAAUUCUUCAGCACAAGCAGAAACAACAUUCAUGUGCCUGGAGUGCUAUUGGCCAGGGAGUCCAGACAAAUUCCCCAUCUGCUCUCCAGCACGUGGCUGUUGCACUCCAGUUUCAGCUAGGAUGAAGGUCAGUGGUUCACAUGCGUCUCACUCGUAAAUGUGAUGUCUCCCCACAGGAGUCCCUUUGAAUAACGUGAACAAAAGUGGACAGACUUAAUGACUGCUAACUAUAUAAAAUUAUAAUAAUAAUAAAAAAAGCCUUUAAUAGCAUUCCAUUUGGGUGAGCCUUGGUCACUGUAG